UGUAAGUACCCGAGGCGAAGAGAGCUCACUACGCCCCGCAUUUUGAAUAUCUUUGUUCCGGGAGAGUUUGUGGUUUGGGCGUUAUCUGCUGAGCCUUACUUUCUGUGCCGAAAAUCCGUAGGAGCUGCCAUUUGCUUUCUCUGCAUUGUUCUGCAGCGGCAUCUAGAGGUUGAAACUUGGCGUUGCAGCUAAUAUUUUUAAAUGGACAUAACUGAAUAAGACAAUGCAUCAGUAACAACUGGUGUUCAGUCACGGCGUUUUAAGAAAGACUUGGGGCUUAAUUAAAAACAGACGCUUAGCUGAUGUUCUACCUAGAACUGUUUGUAAUUAAGGAUUCAAGUUUAUUAAAGAGCUGGUCUUUCUGGUGAAGUACCUGGAACUUUUUAGUGCAACAAGUGGUUAUUAGACAAAAAGUGAAUUACAAAGAAAUAAAAAUGAGUAAGAGCAAAGAUGAUGCUCCUCAUGAACUAGAGAGCCAGUUUAUCUUACGCCUACCCCCGGAGUAUGCCUCUACUGUGAGGCGGGCGGUACAGUCUGGCCAUGUCAACUUGAAGGACAGACUGUCAAUUGAGUUACACCCUGACGGGCGUCAUGGAAUUGUCAGAGUGGACCGAGUCCCUUUGGCCGCAAAAUUGGUAGACCUGCCGUGUGUUAUGGAGAGUUUGAAAACCAUUGAUAAAAAAACCUUUUACAAGACAGCUGAUGUCUGUCAGAUGCUUGUCUCUACAGUUGAUGGUGAUCUCUAUCCUCCUGUGGAGGAACCAGUUGCUACUGCUGAUCCCAAAGCAAGCAAAAAGAAGGAUAAGGACAAAGAGAAAAAAUUUGUAUGGAACCAUGGAAUUACUCUGCCUCUGAAAAAUGUGAGAAAGAGAAGAUUCCGUAAGACAGCAAAGAAAAAGUAUAUUGAGUCUCCAGAUGUGGAAAAAGAAGUAAAGCGGUUGCUGAGCACAGAUGCUGAAGCUGUCAGUACCCGCUGGGAAAUAAUUGCUGAAGAUGAGACCAAAGAAACAGAAAAUCAAGGCCUUGAUAUCUCUUCCCCAGGAAUGUCGGGGCACAGGCAGGGCCAUGACUCCUUAGAACAUGAUGAGCUUCGGGAGAUAUUCAAUGACCUCAGCAGCAGCAGUGAAGAUGAAGAUGAGACACAGCAUCCAGAUGAAGAAGAUAUAAACAUUAUAGACACUGAAGAAGAUCUGGAAAGGCAGCUACAGGACAAACUAAAUGAAUCAGAUGAACAGCACCAAGAAAAUGAGGGAACCAAUCAGCUGGUUAUGGGAAUUCAGAAACAGAUUGAUAACAUGAAAGGCAAGCUCCAAGAGACCCAGGACAGAGCAAAGCGACAGGAGGAUCUCAUCAUGAAAGUGGAAAACUUGGCUCUCAAGAACAGAUUUCAGGCUGUGCUGGAUGAACUGAAACAGAAGGAAGACCGGGAAAAAGAGCAGCUCAGCUCUUUGCAAGAAGAGCUAGAAUCACUCCUAGAGAAGUGAGGAGUAGUUUCAUACUUAAUUUCAUUACUGUGAGAGGUCAGCAUUGAAAGAGAAAAUGUUUUUGUUUUCAUCGCUUGUAAAACUUUGCAGUAGUUCGCAGUUUCUUCCACUGUAUUCUUUUGGAUUUAUCUUGUAGACAAAUGUGAAUUUCUGUCUCAUUUGUCUUUUGGAACCACUUUGCUAGGUGUUUAUCCCGUAGGAAGUAGGAAUGUAUAGACAGAUAAAUGUAGAGAGUUGUAGGAUUAGUGGAGUGAAAAGUUCAACUUAGUUAUUAAUCACAGCUUCAUUGCAGGACUUUGUGGCUCUUUCUCUGUUUAGAAGCUUCCAUUGCUACUCUGUGAUGACAUCUGAGGUAAAUCAGUAGAGUCUAGUCUGGAGGCAGUAAAGUUUGUAAGCUUAUGUUUUUUGAUGCUAUAGCUAAUUUUCCAGCUAUUCAAAGCAAUUUUUCGUAUUUUUGCAUUGCAAGUCAUUUCGUAAUGUUCAACAAUAAAUAAAAGCAAGUUAAAUUUCA